GUUCAGGAGUUACGAAAGGUGUUGUUUAUAUUUCGAAAGAAAAGAGUGUCACUGUCCCACUGACUGUCAGUCACCACUGAAUCAGAGUUUGGUAAAAGCCAUCAAAAAUGUCGUUGGAUCUACUCCCUGCAAAGUUAAAACCUAUCGGGCAUUACAUAAAGACAGCGAUCGAACAUGACAAGCGGGAUCCGGUGGUUGCGUAUUACUGUCGGUUUUAUGCAGUGAAGAAAGGAAUAGAAAUUGACAGCUCUUCUCCAGAAUGUAAAAGCUACUUACUGGGGUUGAUGGAUUACUUGGAGAAGCAAAAACAGGCUGCCCCAGAGGAUUCACCAAUCAAAAACGAGGUCGUAGGUCAAGCACAUGUGGAGAACUAUGCCCUGAAAGUAUUCCUGUACGCUGACAAUGAGGACAGAGCGGGACGACAUAACAAGAAUGUUGUCAAGUCUUUUUACACAGCAGGCAUGCUGUUUGAUGUUCUCUCUGUGUUUGAUGAAGUCAGUGAAGAUAUUGAGAAAAACAAAAAAUACGCCAAAUGGAAAGCAGCUUACAUCCACAAAUGUCUGAGGAAUGGUGAGACCCCCAUUAGUGGGCCAUUACCUGAAGAUGAGGAGGAAGACAUACCACAGCCUUCCACAUUCAGUGGUGCUACAGCGGGAGCCUCAUCCUACAGUAGCCAGCCCCCAGGUCAACCAUCACCGCCUUAUCCCUCAGGGAAUCAGCCAUCACCGGGAACACAGUCUGCACCAGGGGGAGCUCAAGGGUGGCCCCAGACACCACCUCAGGCUUCCUACCAGCCACCACCCCAACCUUCUCAAUCCGCACCUGUACCACAGGACACGUGGAAACCACCGACCAAUCCAAGUGGUGUAAAAUUAAAGACAGAAGAUUACCAGAAAGCUCAGAAGUUCUGUAAAUUUGCCACCAGUGCACUCCAGUAUGAAGAUCCAACAACAGCGAUAGACAAUUUAACGAAAGCUCUCAAACUGUUAACCACGGGAAAGGAGAGUUAGUGUCAGUCAGUGUAGAUAAUCAGCACACAGAGGAGACACAGUGUGCUUAAUGUGAUAGAGGUAUCAGCUGCAUAGUCAACAAAUGUUUUUAUGACUCUCUGUUUUGUUAGUAAUAUAUUUUAUGUGAUGUG